AGUAAAGUGAUUGACAAGCCGCAACAAAUUGAACUGUCCCUGCCAAGUAUUAACAUCCGUUAUGAUCUCAAAUUAAUCAACGAAUCCAUCGAUGAAUUGAGAAAUUUAUGUCCAGUUUGUGUGGAAAGACAUCUUGUUCAGCACUAUUUGGCCAGAGGUUGUACUCCAGUAGUGAAAGGGGGCUGUGAGUGUCCGUCC